AACUCCUCUCCAACAUGUUUAGACACAUAGGCGAACACUGAAAUAAGCUGUUUUCCCACUCUAACCCCCACUCAUUAGGCUGCUUAAUCCUGAUUGGAAAUGGUAAGCACUUGGCAAGCCCCUUUUUAGACUAGAAAACCUUAUAAAAGACACAAACAGAGUGUGCAGAGGUCUGAUCACUUUUCUUCCCUGCUGAAGAAGAGAAAUAUGGUGCACCCGGCAGCCUUUGCCUUGACACUAGUGGUGUGCUUGGGUCUUUGUGAUGCUGCUCCCACAAUGUCAUCGUCAAAUGACAAUCAAAGAGCAGAGGCUUAUUUGUCUCAGUUCUACAGGGACCCCAACGCAACUGAAUCCCGCGGCAGAAGUGUGAACCUGCCCGAUUUUAAGAAGGAUCUAAAAGCCAUGCAGGAGUUUUUUGGGCUUGAAGUCACAGGAAAGCUGGACACAAAUACUCUGGAGGUGAUGAAGCGGCCACGUUGUGGUGUCACUGAUGUUGCAAGAUUUGGCCACUUCCAAGGGAAGCCCAAGUGGAAGCAGAGUGUUGUGACAUACAGAAUAACUGAAUACACAUCGCAGUUGAGCCAGAGAGAGGUGGACGCCACGAUCGCUAAAGCUUUUGAGCUCUACAGUGACGUUAUUCCACUCGAUUUCAAACAGAUCUACAGCGGCACAGCUGAUAUCAUGAUUCUCUUCAAAGCUGGAUAUCAUGGAGAUUUUUACCCGUUUGAUGGACCUAAUGGGGUUUUGGCCCAUGCCAACUCUCCCGGACCAGAACAGGGAGGAGACACACACUUUGAUGAGGAUGAGAAAUGGACCCUAAAACCACAAGGUGUGAAUCUGCUUUUGGUGGCUGCUCAUGAAUUUGGCCAUGCGCUGGGACUAGAUCACUCCCAAGACCAAUCGGCUCUCAUGUAUCCAACUUACCAAUACAUCAACACGAAUGGCUAUAAACUGCCCUGGGAUGACCGACUUGGGGUCCAGGCCUUGUAUGGUGUUCGAACACCUACGUUUAAGCCUGACCCAAUGCCUGAGCCAAAACCAGAUCCAAGACCGAGCCCACCAGAACCAUGUAAACGUGAUCUGGUGUUUGAUGCAGCAACCAGCAUUCGUGGAGAACUGUACUUCUUCAAAAAUGAGCAUUACUGGAAAAAGGGCUUCUACAGUGGACUUUCAACACAUAAAAUAAAAUCUACAUGGCCGUCCAUUGAUUCUGUUGAUGCUGCUUAUGAGUUCAAGUCCAAAGAUACAACCUUCCUCUUCAAAGGUCAGCAGUACUGGGCCAUAAGAGGCAGCACUACUUUGACUGGAUAUCCCAAACCCAUAUCCAAAUUCGGGUUCCCUUCUAUUGUUAAAAAGAUUGAUGCAGCUGUAUAUGUGGCAUCGACUGGCCGCACUUUGUUCUUUGUUGGAAGUAAAUAUUGGAGCUUCAAUGAAAGGACAGCUCAAAUGGACGCAGGCUUUCCUAAAACUAUUCGGCAUAAUAUCCCUGACAUUGGGUCAAGGGUGGAUGCUGCUUUUGAAAACAGUGGUUACCUGUAUUUCUCAAAUGGUGCACAGCAAACUGAGUAUGACUUCAGCUCAAAAAGAAAGAACCGUGUUCUGUUGAAUUAUGGAUGGCUGGAUUGUUACUAAACAUUUGUGAAAAUGUUUCCUUUACAUGCUUUCUAAUAAAGAACCUCUAUUUUUUUUUUAUUUAGUCUAGACAAGAAUACCAAAAUGUAUGAAACAUUCUCACAAAUUAAUAAAAAUGUUUUUUUGACAAAACCUGACUCAGAUCCUGACAUAAAAGGCAAAAAAUACAAACACCAAUGCAUUUAAUUUAAACUAAACUAAAUUAAACUAAAGAGCGCAACAGUGCUCACCCACUUUUUUAGCCGUCUUGGUUCUGAAAGUAUUUUUCCAAUAAAUUUUUCCAUAUGGACUUCAUAAAAGAGUUCUAAGCCAUGAACCAAACCAUCCAACUCCGACGUGAAUCACAACAUUACAAACUUUGAUUUGAAACAAAAAAGUAUCAGAAAAUUGGACAAAAAGACAAAGGUACAAGACUGUUUACUUACUGUUUUCA